AUGCCCAGAAAUGCCCAUAAAAUUAUAUUAUUAUUCACAAGCAUACUUUUUGCAUGGGCUUGCGGUAGACCUGAAUCCAAAAAAUGUACAUACAUAGAUUUGUCUUGGCCAUUCGACAAUGACACUGUGUAUUGGCCAGGCUUGCCAUCUUUUACUUUUCCAGAAGUAUUGGAUACAUAUGCACAAGAUGGUUUUUCCAUGUUUACCUAUUCAGCUGCAGAGCAUGGGGGGACCCAUAUUGACGCCCCUGUACAUUUCAACCCAGGAGCUUGGACAGUGGCUGAAAUACCUUUUGAAAGACUUAUAAGUACUGCUGCACUUGUGGACUUAUCAGAUGAAGUUGCAGCUAGCGGAGACCCAAACUUCUAUGUAACACCUGAACAUUUAGAAAACUGGGAAAAAGUAAAUGGCCCUUUUGAAAAUGGGUCUGUUUUACUUAUUAAAUUUGGCUGGUCAAAAUACUGGCCCAACAAAACUAAUUAUUUAGGACUGAAAAGCAUUCCCAAAGAAACAGCUGAAUGGAUUGUAAACCAAAAUAAAUUUUACGGAGUUGGCGUGGACACGGCCAGUGUAGAUGCAGGAAAUGCGAACCCACUGGUAGCCCACCAGAUUUUAUUGAAAGGAUAUUUAUAUAACAUGGAAAUGAUAAACAUGAAUGAAGAAUUGCCUGGUACACUGAGAAAAAAAUAUAGUAACCACUAUCAAAAAAAUAUUAACGUACAAUAA